AUGUUGUUAAGAAGAUUAAUACCAACAACAACAACAACAACAACAACAACAACAACAACUUCAUCAUCAAUAUCAAUAAUCAAAAGAGAUGUUGUUUUAAAAAGCAAAUCUUUACUUCUUCUACAAUCCUUCAAUUACAAAUGCAAUCAUUCAAUCGGUUCAUUGCAUAAUAAUUCAGAUGAUUCAAAUAAGAAAUGGUUAAUGUACAAUAAUAAUAAUAAUAAUGAUGAAAACACUACAACAAGAAAUGGGUAUACUCUCAACAACAAGAGAAUGUAUUCUAGGUCAUCCUCUUCUUCUUCGACCACUUUGACAGUUGAUACAAUCAAAUCAUCUAUCAACUUUUUGAAUAAAUCACAACAACCUUCUUCAUCGUCAUCGGACCAACAACAACGAUUAGAUGAUGAUAUUCAAAAAUUGAACAAAGUUUACAAUGACAUUAUAUCGAUAAAAGAUAAUAUUACCAAUACAUCAAUCGAUAUUAGAUUCUAUGCAGCUAAAUUCCUAAUGUCUUGGAAUUUACCAAGAGAAUAUAAUCAACAUCUACCAAAUAAUGAAAGAUUAAAUAACCCAAAAUAUGAAGAUAUGGAUUUAACAUGGAGAUUAUUGGAUAUUGGUAAAGAGAGUGUACGAGGAGUUGAAACGAGUACCAUUGAAAAGAUGGUAACUAUACAGCUAUCACUCUGUCUUGAAUACCCAAUGUUGAUGAAAAGAGCAAUACCAAUUAUUCUAUUGACAUCCGAUAUGAUUGAAACCAAUAGAUUGGAUCCUGAUGAACACUUUAUGAGACUAGUAUUGGCAUUUAGUUUGUCAUGUCAUCUAUCUCUAUGGGAUGAAGCAAGAACUAUGGGUGAUAUACUAGUUAAUAACUUUCCUUCAAUAAUGAAUGUAUUGCAUUAUGAAUCAAUAAUGCCAACUAGAUUUGAUUACCAUUCAAUGUAUAAAUUAUUAAAUGAUACUAAAUUAAUUGGAUUAUCAACCGAUCAAUCAUCACUCAAACUUGUGUCAAAAAAGACAAGUCAUAGUGAUAGCAAGACCAUUGAUAAUGUACCAAAGACAUAUUAUACAUUAGAAUCAUUUGAAUAUAAAAACUCUACCAUGCAAUGUUUAAACAUUCAAGACACCAUUGCCAACAAAACAAUUGAACAAUUUAAUAAUCAAAUGGAAAUGCAAAAGAAACUAUCUAAAAAUAUUGAAUAUAUUAGUUCAAUGCCAACAACCAGUGAAAUCAUUAAAUGGGGAGACUCUAUUAAAGUAAUGUUACAAUUUGAAGGAACUGAAGCAAUAGUUCAUUCUGGUAUAUUUUCAAAUCAACAACAAAAAUUAGAUCUAUUUGGUUAUAAUAUUACAAAUAUUAAAGAAGAAAAUGAAAAUGAAAAAGGAAAUGAAAAGAAAGAGAAUGAAAAAGAAGAACAUCCAUCAUCAUCUAUUGAAUUAGAAACUACUUCAACAUUUAGUGGUGAUUUAUUAACAGACGGCGGUACCGUUGAUGAAUAUGGUGAUGCCAAUCAAUAUACUCUAACUGGUAAACAUGUUAAAAGAAUUAGUAAUACUGAAAACACUCAAACCUAUAUCUACUCGAUGGAUAUUAAAAUCAUCUUCAAAAUUAAUAAAUAA